AUGUCACGUUCUCGUCUUCCCCCGACUCCCGCAAUGUCAGGGGAGUUCAUCAUCAAGGAGCAGACUUUCGCCGAGGGAACAGACUGCUUUGCUUUGCCUCCAGCUGCCCUCAGUCCGUCCAAAAUCGAACCUGCCAGCAGGAGGUCUUCAAAGUCUGACCCGUCGUCCUACUUUCCCGCUUCUCCAACCUCGCCUGAUCUUGUUGCCCUGGGUCGUACUGCGAACCCUCGUUCGUCUGCUACCAAACGCCCGCUCGAGGACUUCGACCUUCCCCCUCCUCCCACUCGCACCCGCAAAAUCAUCCAAAUGAAGCCCAAGACUCAGCCCCCGCCUAAGCCAGCUGCAACGGCCACUAAGUCAGCCAAGGAAACGGGCAAGGCCCCAGCCAACAAUGGGCCGGCAUCGGCAAACUCGAAGAAGAAGCAGCCCAGCGCUACCAGCGCUGCUGGUCGAAAGAUCGCCAGGAAGACAGCUCACAGUUUGAUUGAACGGAGGCGAAGGUCUAAGAUGAACGAGGAGUUUUCAACUUUGAAGGAUAUGAUUCCUGCAUGUCGGGGCCAGGAAAUGCACAAACUUGCCAUUUUACAGGCAAGCAUCGACUACGUCAACUACCUAGAGCAAUGUGUACAAGAUCUCAAGGUGGCUGGUGGCAAGAGAAUCGCCGUUCCUCCACGCAUGCCCCCAGCUCCUCCCUCUCCAACCUCGCCCGAGUUUUUGGCUCCAGACGAUUUGCACUCGGCAUCAGCGUCUCCAGAGCUGCUCCCAGAAAGUGCUCAAGUCAACGACACAUCACCAUCGUUCUCCCCUCGCACUCAAGUUCCAUCGGCGGGCCCGAAUUUUGAAUUUACACAUACCUCGCUUCCCAGUCCUGUGCUGGGUCCGCCUGCUUCUGCGGGUACUCAGAUCCAUUUCUCUCCUCAACAGUGGCCGACAUCUGCCAACACUUCCCCAGCUAUACUACCUCGACAGAGCAACGCUUCUGCCUACAGUGCUGAUGCUGAAAUUGACCAUGAGGCAUCUGCUGCCCUGCUCAUGCUUAACAGGGAUCGUCGGGGUACUGCAGAUUCAAUUAACACUAAACUCACAAACUCCACCCUCGCUUCACAGGAGGAUAGGAAUCGUGAGAUGCAAGAAACGCAGAGGAGAAUGGGGAUGAGUGUCAAGGAUCUGUUGAUAUCUUGA